AUGCGCAACACCUUUUACUUGCUGUGGCUCUGCAUGGCUGUAGGUGGAGGCGCUUUGAAGGAGCGCAUCCAAUCUGAUACCAUCAUCGUAGCUGCCUUUGGGAAAGAAGUAAAUUUCUAUUGCAACUUCUCACUCUCAAUGGAUGUUUUGCAAGUUACCUGGCAGAAAAUAAAUGGGAUCUUCCAGAGCAUGGCCACCUACAGCCCAAUACAUGGGCUGAGGCUGAUAGGGUCAUUUCAGAAGAAGGUGUCUUUCACUAGAGCAACCCCAAAGGCCUCAGCUAUCACCCUCCAAAAUCUCACACUUGAGGAUGACUCUUAUUACAGAUGCAUUUUCAACGUGUUCCGUCAUGGCUCCUUCAGCAAAGAGAUAUGCCUCAACAUCCAAAGUAAGUUUUCUACUAACACCUUCUCUCUUUCUGGCACUCAGUUUGGGUCUGAUGUACUCAGAAGGCAGAAGACACAUGGUGCACCCAGAACUCCUGCAAAGAAGACAGGCUUACAGCAACACCUAGGUGAGAGAGCCUCUCUGAGCCUGCACACACCAAAAGACCAACACAUCCCUUACCAAAACAAGUGGCUGGCUAGGGGUGGCCAGGCAGGCAAGGCUUGCCGCAGGCCGCACCAAGAUAUCAACAGCCAUGUCGACACAUUGCCGCGUGCUGUGGGGAUGGCCACAGCAGCGGCACUUCACUAA